AUGAGGCCACUGGGGACGAGCACGGUCCGCCGCCGCCGGAGUAGUACACUGCCGCCGUUGCGUCGCACGGUGGUCAUCAUCAUGUCCAUGGCGCUCGUCCCGUUGUGCAUUCCUAUCGCCGACGCGAGAGCGAUUCUGCAGUACCACCACCACCGGAAGCACCGCCAUGGACACCACACGAUCAACAGCGGACAGACACACAUCUUUCUGCCCCCCGCUGCACUCCCUGUUAGUUAUGACGUGGAUUCCCCGGCCGAAUCGCCGGCGCCUCUCCCUCGGCCGGUGACUCGACACGAUGAUGACAAGGCGCCGUGCCCGCUGUCGUCGCGUCCAACUCCUUCCAUGGCACCGCCACCGGUCGGUGCGCCAAGGUCGCCGGCUCCGGCUUUCUCCCUGGCCAAGCCGCAUGUGCUUCCUCCGCCGGCCGAGCCACCCACUCUGCCUCCAACGCCCUCGCAGUCGCCGCGGCUCUCCCCAGCAAAACCGCCGGCGUUAAAUCCAGCAAAGUCACCAACGCCACCACAACACUACCCGAUCCCUCCCGUAGCACUAUCGCCGGCGCACGCUCCGGCCAACUCACCAGCACCACUACCACAUCGUGCGAUCCCCGCAAAGCCCCCGUCGUUCGGUCCUACCAAGCCUCCAAUGCUGCCGCCGGCGCCACUCCCUCCGGCCAUGGCAAAUUCGAAGCCGCCAACCACUGGCGGCAGCGUAUUCGACGUGAGGGCGUUCGGCGCGUCAGGGUCAGGCAACGGCAACGGCAACGGCUCGUCCUCCAACGACACGCGCGCGUUCCGCGCGGCGUGGAAGGCGGCGUGCUCUGCCGGGUCCGCCACGCUGGUCGUGCCCUCAGACGGCGUCUUCACCAUCACCUCCACCGUCUUCGCCGGCCCCUGCAAGCCCGGGCUCACCUUCCAGGUAAUCAGGUCUUUCCAAUAUGGACGGCUAUGUUUUAUGAUCACUGUUGUUCAUUUGUCCGUUGCGUGA